AUGUCAGUACUAUCCCCACCCUCACUGGCCUCACCAGGGUCUUUCUUGUCUUCAUCUCUUUCAUUGGAUCAUUUCUUGCAGCAUUCAAAGGAUGACCCACAACAGAAUGGUGAAUAUAUGCGCAUAAAGGUGUCUUCUCCCAUCAACAUAUCCGAUUCAGAUGUCUCCCACAAUGGCAAUCACAGCCUUCUUGGCAGCCUCAGCAACAAUUCUGACAAUCAGUACAAGCCUGAUCCGCCUCUUCCUGCACCCCCUCCUUCCUCGCCACCUCAUCACAGCACAUCUGGCAGCCUUGGGAACAGUUCUGACAUUCAGUACUAUGAGCCUGCUCUGCCUCUUCCUGCACUCCCUCCUUCCUCACCACCUCGUCACGGCUCCAUUCUUCCUGGCAUCCCACUUGGCAAUUCAAACAAGGAGAAUGUCCCUGUUAUCCUCAAGAAUCCCCUUGUGAAUAUCUUUGGCAGGCCCAGUGGCAUCCCCAAAUUCAUCCCCACUCCAGCAAUUCCUCUGAGCACAGACUCGAGCAAAGGUGGUCCCCUCAAGAGUUCUACAAAGAAUGAAAGAAACUUAUGUGCACUACAAUGGAUCAAACAGAUGAACAAAAAUGGAACCAUGGACAAAUUCAAGCUCUACUGGAACACUCUGGCGACGGCUCAGCAAGAUGAAUAUCAAGCCAAGGCUGAGCGUCUUGACAGUGCUGGUGCCUGGAAGAAGGCUUCUGUUACAGUCGUGGUUACCCCUAUCUCUUUUUCCCUUUUCUUCCAUUCGUGUACUAUGCCGUGA